AUGGCUACUUCAAGUAGUCCGAUAGUACAACCCAUGGCGCCUUUUGAUCCUGAUACGGAAAUUGGCACAAACCUCGCUCCAAAAUGGAAAAUAUGGAUUGAUGAUUUCAAGACAUAUCUGGUUGCUACAGGGAUUACCGACAAGAAGCGACAGCGUGCUCUGCUUUUAUAUCAAGUCGGAUCGCGGGUUCGUGAGAUAUUUCGUCAGCUUCCUGAUACGGCUGAAGACAACGACCUUGAUACAGCAGUAACUAAGUUAAACGAAUAUUUUGAGCCGCAAAACAUCGUCUUUAUGAAGACUACAAGUUUCGUUAAGCGGCACAAGAGAACAAUGAACCGAUCGAUCAAUAUUACACUCGCUUACGAAGCUUGGUAGAAAGAUGUGAGUUCGAAAACUCGGACUUUGAGAUUAUGCUACAAAUUGUCUUAAAAGGAUCGUCUAGCCGACUGCGAAAACAAGCCUUACUUGAUCCUAAAAUGACACUCAAAGAUCUACUAAUCGCUGGUAGAUAAUUGGAGAUGAGCAGCUUUUAAGCGGCCGACAUCGAACAAAGCGAAGUGAACAGGCGGAAGUACAUGUCCUACACAAAAACACGCGUCAACCACAGUCUAGAAACACGUCGCUGUGUCGGAAUUGUGGCGGAGAAUGGCCGCACGAAAAUGGAAAUUGUCCUGCUCGUGGUAAAGAAUGCAGAAGAUGUGGUAAGUUAAAUAAUUUUGUCAAACAAUGUCGAUCUUCGAAAAACGCAGUGACAAUAAUAUCAGGCCGGUCGUGGGUAUUUCAGAUAAUACAAGUGAAUCCAGCUCAAGUGACGAGUCCAGUUAUUGUUAGAAAUGCUGUGCUGAGUGGUUAUAUUACUACCUUAAAAAUACGCAGAAACUCGACGUUUCGAGCGAAGGCCAUUCGUCAAGAGUUAGUAGCAGGGAUCGGGGAAAAUGCACGGGCUUUUCACUAUACUAAGAGUAUGAAAGCAUCACGUGACAAAAAUAAACCAAUAAAAAAUAAACCAGUCAAGACAACGGCUAAAAAUAACCCUACUACAAAGCUAAAGCUAUUAAACAAACAUUAUGUAAAAUUUACUGUUGACACUGGAUCCACUAUCAACGUUGUUAAUCAAGCUGCGUUCAAACAACUUGGACCAAUCAAGCUUACUAAGACUCGCAUCAAGGCAUACCCAUUUAAUGCAACAGAACCUGCGCGAAUGAAAGCAAAGUUUCAAACCACAAUCGAAUCCUGGAAAAAGAUCACUGUGGCAACAAUUUAUGUCACCGAAGCUGACGGGGGGUGUCUCCUUAGUGCCAAUACGGCCGAAGAAUUGGGACUUAUGACUCUGCAUCUAAACCAAGUCACAACUACAAAACCAACCAGCAAAGGGGCACAAAAGACUCUGAUUGGCGACAAAAGGAUCCAACGCAUUGUAGACAAUUAUUCGAGUGUUUUGCAAGGACAAGGCAAACUACAAGACAAACAAAUUGAGCUGAUUAUAGACAAAACCAUCAAGUUUUGA